AUGAGCGAAUCUCCUAAUUCGCGCGAUGACCUGAACAACAACUCGGAGCUGAGCAUUUCUACUUCGUUCGCGUGGGGCAACCAGAAUUUACCGGCGGAGCGCUCGACUGGACGUCAGCAUACAAUAGGUUCGAUUCAGCCGGAAAUCAUACCGGGCUCCCCCGAUGCAACCCUACAAGAGGCGAAUUCAGAGCUCUCUCGGACUAGCAGUCAAGAUAUUCACCCCUCGCCUGUUCCCAAUGCCCGCGCUUUAGCGGAAAACCUGCCAUACUACGAACGCAAGUCAUACCGGGACAUCCUACAGCGACCCCCGCAAAGCGCGACCUCGAACUCUGCAGGCAAUCAAGGCUCCCGCCUCUUCAAAGGACUCGACGAUCAUGCUACAAUGCUGCUAAAGGGCUUCAGUACUUAUGACCAAGCUUACAGCGCCGAAGGUUCCAAGAAGCUCCCCGAAGUCCACCUUGGCAACAAGAGCAACUCGCGCGUCGACUUUGGCCGGGUUGGCAACACCACCGGUGAUGGCGGUCAUUCUUCAGGCCAUACAGGUACUGGAGGCCGCUCUCGCUCAGGGUCCACUGGCAAUACCCAUCUUCACCUGAAUCAAGAUAGGGAGACUACCACACAUGAGCAGAUGGAUGCUAUUAUGCAUCAAGCAACUGAAAAUUUGCUUAUGUACAGCUUGAGCACACAGCCCUUGGCCGAUGCACUACACCAGAACGUCCGACACGCUCAAGGUCUAUGGUUAACAAGCGACACUCCUCCCUACGAUAUCUUGGAUAUGUACAUUUUUUUCGAGACCAAGAUUGUACAAGAUUGGAAUGCAUCUCGCCUUGAUAAACGUGUGCCAUAUGAGCACUCAAUGAACGUGCUUGAUGAGGAUUCCUCGUUUCCACUUCGCUGGGCGGCUAUCAAGAAUGGCGUCAAGAUCAGGAAACAGCGAUCUGCGUUCAAAGGCUCUGAGCUUCAGACCUCUGAACAGGAUGGAGACAAACAGUCCGUAAGGGCGACAAUGCUCGUGGUUGAGGCUAAGCCUCUACCUGAAAGAUCAUCUAGGCCGUUAUGUCCACAGUCAAGGCCUGUCAUCCCGGAAGUCUCGUUCGAUUUGGAUCCAGCCAAUUUCGCUACAGGGUGGGAAGAGAGGGUUCCGAGGCCGAAGACCAACGCCAACCCGUAUGAUCUUCUCCAACUCGCGCCUUCCGCCAACGUUCCUUUUCCAGAAACCGGAAAGCAGGCCAACGUUACUGCAGUGGAGUUGAUGGUCUUCUUCCCUCGGUAUCUCAAGAGUACUGACGUCAUCGAUCGCCUUAUCAGCAAUGGGGGCAGUUCCACAAUCUUUGCACACAUUGUCAACGAGCACCGUGUGCUUAAGGGUACUAGUCUCACGAAGGGUAAUUACUUCUACACCGUCAUGAAAGCUCGCAUGCGAAGGCGAGGCCCUGCUUAUUCACAGUGGACCGUAGCGGACCAUCCAACGCCUCCUGGACACAACUCCAGCAAUCUCAACAUUGCCGGUCUGCACACAGAAGAAGACGUGCGAGGAAAUUCGACGAAUAAAGGUAUUCCCACCGCCGAUGAAAAUCCUGGCUCCAUCCAAUUCAAGUGCCUGGGUCAACACGUCAAGAAGUUUCCGUCCGGUUUCGACGCGCUCGACUUAACGCGCUGCAUCGAGCACGCUAUAGCUCAUCCGACUGAGAGUUGGGGGUAUCCUGAAGACUUCGCUCGAUUAGUCGGACGCAUUGGUGGUCCAUCGCAAAUUCAACCGGGACACCAUGACAGAGUGACCUUCCAGCGCUGGAAGGACUCUAUUCGCUCCAAGAACAGGAGCACCUCAUCUGAGGCUUAG